UCGGAACGGGGGGCGGUAGGUGAUCGCGCUCCCCUCGGCUCGGGGCUUUGAACGCAGCAGCAGCAGCAGAUCGCCUGUCCCACACAGCCUUUUGUCUCUUCCUGGGACAGAGCUUGUGGACUAAAGACAGUUAAGGAGACUUUCGAGAUGUCCUCCUGUUCUCCGCCGUCCACAGCGCAGCAUAUGAAGGGCACGGGCAGAUCUGGAGAUGUCGGCAGACUCAUUUGGAGCAGGCGGCAGCGAUGCCCAGCAGAGCCUACAGUCCUUUUGGCCCAGAGUGAUGGAAGAAAUCAGGAAUCUUACCGUGAAGGAUUUCCGUGUGCAAGAGCUUCCUCUUGCUCGCAUCAAGAAAAUUAUGAAACUGGAUGAGGAUGUGAAGAUGAUCAGUGCCGAGGCACCGGUGCUGUUUGCCAAAGCGGCACAGAUCUUCAUCACAGAGCUCACUCUCAGAGCCUGGAUUCACACUGAGGACAACAAGCGGCGCACACUACAGAGGAAUGACAUCGCCAUGGCCAUCACUAAGUUUGAUCAGUUUGACUUCCUCAUUGAUAUCGUCCCCCGCGAUGACCUCAAGCCUCCAAAACGACAGGAGGAAGUGCGUCAAUCCGUCGCCCCAACUGAGCCGGUUCAGUAUUACUUCACUCUGGCGCAGCAGCCCAGCGCGGUGCAGGUCCAAGGUCAGCAGCAAGGCCAGCAGGUGGCUGCUCCCACCGCAACCACACUACAGCCCGGACAGAUUAUCAUCGCUCAGCCCCAGCAGGGCCAGGUAUUACAAGGAACCACUAUGCCGCAGCUACAGCAGGUGCAGGUUGCUCAAUCACAGGCGACCCCUAUCACGAGUGCUCCGGUGACCAUGCAGGUGGGUGAAGGCCAGCAGGUGCAGAUUGUGCAGGCCGCUGCACAAGGACAGGCUCAGGCGCAGGCAGCACAGCCGGCUGGACAGACUAUGCAGGUUAUGCAGCAGAUCAUUACCAACACGGGAGAGAUCCAGCAGAUUCCAGUGCAGCUCAACACCGGCCAGCUGCAGUAUAUUCGCUUGGCUCAGCCAGUCUCAGGAACACAGGUUGUUCAAGGACAAAUACAGACACUUGCAACAAACACUCAGCAGAUUUCACAGACAGAAGUACAACAGGGUCAACAACAGUUCAGCCAGUUUACUGAUGGCCAGCAGUUGUAUCAGAUCCAGCAGGUGACAAUGCCGGCAGGACAGGAACUGACCCAGCCCAUGUUCAUUCAGUCCACCAAUCAGACGGCUGACGGGCAGGUCACCACGCAGGUCAGUGCGGACUGAGGCUGUCCAUCCGAAUCCUCACUGGUCCACGAAGCUCCCGAUGCCACCAACCGCAAUGAAGGAGAGGAGCCGCCACACACCAACACCCAGUCCUUCCACUUCCUUUCAUCUCAUGCCAUAUCUUGAUCAAGUUCUCCGACUGGUUUAAUUCAGCAAUCAAAUAAUAAACUUCAGAUUUAAGCUUCAUAUUUUACCGUCCAAAAUACACGUACUGCUGUUUUGUUAACAGAGUUUGGGUCUCGUUACUAAAGUGCUGGAAGGAUCAACGUGUAAUGGCAGAGAUUUGAUUUCUGCCAUAUUAAUUUCAAAUGUAUGUCUUCUGCAAUAUGGCUAAACAAUAUGAACCCACUGUCUUCCUUGCAGUAUAGGUAGAAUAUGUCCUUGUUUUAUAGUUCAGUGUGGAUAUGGGUAGAGAUUAUGCUUUCAGAUCUGUUCAGUGAUAGUGAUGUUAGAGUGAGGCUUGUGAAACCUGAGCUUGAGGGCACUUCUUUUGUGGAAGAAAAAAAUCUUUUUUUUUUUUUUUUUUUUUUUUUAAAGCCCUCAUCCAUUUUGACAGAUUAUGCCAUCUCAUGAUGUGUAGAGUUCUAAACUUGAUAAAAAGCCAUAAUCUACACAUUCUGCAUCUCUGUAGUUUAACUCUGUAAUUCUAUAGUAAUUGUAUUAGUUCAGUUGUAGUAUCUUGUAUAGUUUUGAAAUUUGAUAACAUUGUAUUUGUUAAAGGGCUUCUUAUUGUUGGGUUUUCUACAUGCAGGAAUGGUCCUCUUCGUGUGAAUGUGUGUGAAUGUGUAAUUGACGUGCUUUUCUUGCGUGUCUUUCUGGACCAGUUUUAAAGAGACUUCCUCUGCCCCUUGAAAUUAAACUGCUCCACUGUUACCGACUUGUAAAAACAACACCUUAAUUAAAUAAAAACCCUUUUAUAUAAACAUUUUUAAUACCAAUUGUAACUUUGUUUUCACUGCCCUUUUUUUCUUCAUCUUAUAAUUGUUGGUCAUGUUUUGCAUGUAGUUAUGACUGCCAGCAUGAUAUGCAAUACCUAGGUACAAAUUUUAUUUUUGUGGGUUUUUUUUUUUUUUUUUGGAAACAGACCUUGGUUUGUGGGAAAAUAAAAACUCCCAAAAAGGUUGGAAGUUGUAUUUUUUAUUUUUUUUUUAUCACAGCUUUGGCAGUGCAUUGUAAAUAAAGUCUUUUACAAUAUCUUUAAAAUAAAGUGUUUCUGGUGGAUUGA